AUGUAUAGUGAUGAUUUAGAAACAUUUUCGGGAUCUGCAAGUGAGACCAGUGAGAGUGACAGCACUGAUAGAAGUCAUGUUGAACAACAGUCCACGUCGGCAACAUCUGCAAAACCGAGAAAACGUAAGUGUCCACCACGGAAACGGGUGUUUAAGGACAAUUGGCUGCAAGUCACCGAGUUCAAGAACUGGCUUAGUAAGAAAACGGCACCAAGCGGGGAAAUGAAACCCUUCUGUAAACUUUGCACGAAUUGGCUCACUUGUUCUAUGACCGCUAUUAAACGACAUGCUGCGAGCCAAAAACAUCAAGCAAGGAUAAAGACGUCCGCGACAACUGGCUCCAUCGCCCAACUAAUGCGUCAAACAACAAACUCUGAUGCGACGACUUCGAUGGAAAUAAAAUUAUGUGCGUUUAUUACCCAGCAUAACUUGCCAUUGUCAAUCUCGGAAGACAUAGUCGAACUACUUCGAUCUCUUUUUCCAAAUGAUGCUGCGUUAAGUUAUUUAAAACUUGGAAAGCAGAAGGCCACGAACAUCGUUCGCCAAGUGCUCGGUUUUGAUUACCUCAAGGAAAUGGUGGCAUUGUUGCGAUCACGAAAGUUUAGUGUAAUCAUCGAUGAAGCAACGGACAAAAGUGUCAAAAAGCAACUGGCCAUCAUUGCUACGUUUUUUGACAUUGAGAAGUUCGAGGUUCAAGUACUGGUUGGUAGAUAUGAUCGAAACUGA